AAUGCCAACAUCCAGCUGUGCAGAAUGGCUAAAUGAAAACACAUAAACGCAACACUCGGUCCGGGAGAGAGAGGAGGUCGGUGCCUCACUGAGCCACUUAAACCUUAAUUGCUCGGACCUCGCAGUCUCUCUCUCUCUCUCUGCCUCUCGCUUUCACAGACACACCUGAGAUGAGCUCCCUCUGAGAAUCAGCUGCCCGGGUUGGUUCCGAUGCGGCCCCUCCUUCAUAGUUCUGGACCGACACAUUAAAUGGGUUAAGCCUGACCGGGAGCCGCGGGAGAUCCCUUCCCUUCAAUCCAACGCUUGGACGAUCUGAGCUCCGGGCUCUCUCCUCUGAUUCAACAGUGCAGGCUGAAUUUUAAUCGUGAUUGUGUUUGUAGAAGAAGGAGGACCAGCAGCAGCAGCAGCAGCAGCAGGAGCAGCGCAUCUCAGACACAGACCCGUGGGCGGCUGCGGGUGCGUCCGUCUGGGCAACACUGCUUCAUCCCAACAACCCCACAUCUUCAAGACAUGGCGAGGAGAAGUGGGCUUUAAAAGGAAACUAUAUUCUGAUUAAUUCAUGUUGGUUCACCAGCGUUUUCACCUAACCAGUUGAUAUUUUCCUGAACAAGUGUCUGAAUAAAAAAAAAAAAAAAAAAGAAAAGUGAGGGGGGCACAUGACACACCGGUGGAUUCCCGAAGCCAGGUCCAGCACCGAGACUGAAUGAGUCCAUCUUCUGUUGGUCGGACUCCUCCAGCGGACAGGACGGAUGCAAACGGACUAAACACACCUCGGCAGCUCAAAUCAGCACCAGCCUCUCGGCCACCGGCGCACUAGCGGAACGGGAGGGGACUCUGACACCGGGGGACCAGCUUCUUUGGCAGGGAAAAGAUGCCAUUCCACCAUGUGCGGGCAGGCCUGCUCUAUCCGGACAACUACCUGAGCAGCUCCCUGACCGAGGGCAGCGAAGCCUUCCAGCUCACCAGCCUCUCCACUGAGGAGCUGGGAGAGAUCCGUGAGGCAUUCCGGGUUUUGGACCGAGAUGGGAAUGGCUUCAUCUCCAAGCAGGAGCUGGGCAUGGCCAUGCGCUCCCUGGGUUACAUGCCCAGCGAAGUGGAGCUGGCCAUCAUUAUGCAGAGACUGGACAUGGACGGGGACGGCCAGGUGGACUUCGAGGAGUUCAUGACGAUACUGGGGCCUAAGCUGCUGUCGUCCGACAACAGAGAAGGAUUCCUGGGCAACACCAUUGACAACAUCUUCUGGCAGUUUGACAUGCAGCAGCUGUCUCUGGAUGAGCUCAAGCAGGUUCUGUUUCACGCCUUCCGGGACCACCUGACGAUGAAGGACAUAGAGAACAUCAUCAUCACGGAGGAGGAGAGCCUCAACGAAACCUCAGGGAACUGCCCUGAGUACGAAGGAGUUCAUCCUAAGAAGAAGAAUCGGCAGACAUGUGUCAGGAAGAGCCUCAUCUGCGCCUUCGCCAUGGCUUUCAUCAUCAGUGUCAUGCUUAUCGCAGCCAAUCAGAUGCUGCGGAACGGCAUGGAGUGAAACCAGUUGCACUGUGAGCAUGGGGAGUGGGACAGAAACAGCCAUGACCUCACAUUUUCUCUUUGCAGCCAAAGCUGGACCAGCCACAACCCAAGCACUUCUCAAAACAAUCAGUUGACCUUUGUUUUCUUUG